AGUGGCUGGUUACAAAAAUGUAACUAGGUUAUAAAUAUUAAUAUUAUCGAAAAAAUAUUUUAUUUUGGAAGCAAUAAUAAAUGAAAUUUUGGGAGGUUCAAACAUCAAUUUGUAUAUCCAAUUAGAAUUAGAUAGAAAAGAAGGGGAAUAAGGAAACCCUUCGCCUCGGUGCGCAUCCAAUCCAAUCUAAUCAACAAAAGAAGAGUAGAGCGAGAGUGGAAUAGAACAAAGAAGAUGAGCGGCGCCAGCAGCACUAUAAGGCUAUCGCCGAUGGUGAGCGUGUCCCCGAAUUGCAAUUGCUCAUCGAUGAUGGUGAUGAAGAAGACGACGACGGCGGUGGCUCCUUUGUGGAUGAAAAGCAAGAGCGUUAGGGGUGGUAUUAGGUGCGAGGUGGCUAUUAAUGCGGUGGAUGAGUCGACGACGUCACCGGAGGCGAAGAUUGGAGCGCGUGUGAAGGUGAAGGCGGGUGUAAAGGUGUACCACGUCCCCAAAGUAGCCGAGCUUGACCUCACGGGUCUGGAAGGCGAGAUCAAGCAGUAUGUUGGCCUCUGGAACGGUAAGCGAAUCUCCGCCAAUCUUCCUUACAAGGUUCAGUUUCUCACCGACAUCCCAGCUCGUGGUCCUGUCAAGUUUUUUGCCCACCUCAAGGAAGAUGAAUUCGACUAUCUUUAGUCAAUCACCCACUGUUGUUGUAUGUAAUCAACCCACCUCCCUUUUAUUUACUCGUUUCUGUUUUAAUCCCCUGCCCUGAAUUUUGACUCCCUUAUUACUAUGUAUUUCAUAUAAAUAUCAAUUAAAAUAAUCUUGUGUUGGAUAUUUGCUAUCGUUGUUGCAAGUUUUCGACGAUAGGCUAAAUGAAUUAUAUCAUAUGAAUUCAUCUUAUACAGUCA